AUGGAGAUCAAAGACCAAAGGUUGCUUAAGUGGCCGGAGAGGAUGAAGGCCCCGUCAACUAAGCGAAGUAAAGGCCGAUAUUGCCUUUUCCACCGGGAUCACGGCCAUGCAACUCAGGAUUGUUUUGAUCUCAACGAAGAGGUGGAAGGGCUAAUCCGAAGGGGCUACCUCGAAGAGUAUGUAGAAGAACCUAAAGCAACACAAAACGGCGAAAGCGACAAGUCUCCUGCUCGAGAGAUUCGAACUAUAAUGGGAGGCCCUAUAGAAAGAGAAUCUGGAAGGAAAAGAAAAGCAGAUGUGCAAGAAGCUAGGGCGAAUCGCGAACAAAAUGAGGUCUACCAUGCGUAUACUACGAACCGGCCGGUGACGAUCCAGUUUUCAGAGGACGAGGCGACUCACCUCCUCCACCCUCAUAACGAUGCACUGGAUAUCACUUUGAAAAUAGCAAAUGUGAAAGUACAUCGAAUUUUGGUGGAUGGGGGCAACUUGGCAGAUAUCAUCUCUUGGACAGCCUAUAACGUUAUGGAUCUAGGAGAAAAGGUGCUUAAGAGCAGCUCAGCACCACUGGCAGGAUUCGGGUCAUUCCCGAAGGGAGGAUAG